UCGUCCACCCUGCCGUCCAACUUCUCCCCGCCGCUGCCCGUCGCCUUCUCCGUGCCCGACCCGUCCGGCCCGCAGCGAGUCCUGCCCGCCUCCCUCUACCUAGCCGGCUUCGUCUUCGGGCCGUUGGUCUGGGCCCCGCUCAGCGAAGCCCCCGCCUUCGGCCGGCGGCGCGUGCUCCUCGCCGGCGCGGUCCUCUUCGUGCUGGCGUCGCUGGCGCAGGCGGUGGUCAGCGGCUGGGCCGCGUUCCUCGCGCUGCGGUUCCUGGCCGGCGUGGUCGGGGCGCCGCCCGUGAGUGUCUUCGGCGGCGUGCUGGCCGACGUGUUUCCCGACGAGGUGGUUAGGGGGCGGAUUAUGAUGCUUUGGUCGACGACGACCUUCGUUGGGCCCCUCGUAGGGCCCAUUCUGGCGGGAUUUGCGAGCACGAAGCUCGGCUGGCGAGCGACCUUCUGGCGAGUUCCUCCCCUGAUCGCGCUGUCCCUUCCCGUGGCGUCUCUGAUUGCUACGGCACUGAUGCGCGAGACAAUGGCCUCGAAGAUCCUGCGCCGGAAGGCUGUCAAGCUGAACAAGGAGAACCGAAACACGGGAAGAAGGUUUUUAUUAGUUGCGACGCUAACAAAGAGCAAGCGAACAACCCUGUCAAGACCGUGGCGACUGCUCUUCUGCGAGCUGGUGGUCUCGCUGUCUAGUGCUUACAUGGGCUUUGUGUAUGCUGUGUUCUACAUGCUACUUCAGAUCUUUUCCCGCAUCUUCGAAGGCGUGUACGAGUUUAGUCCUGGCAUGUCCGGCAUCCUGUUCACAUUAAUCGGUCUCGGGACCAUCAUCAGCUGCUUCAUUUUUCACUGGUACGACGGCGUCGCGCCGCGCCUGACCGCCCAACACCCGACCAAGCGAGAGGAGUAUCUGCGUCUGCCGCUGGUCUGCGCCGGCGGGCCGCUCUUCACCCUCUCCAUGCUGUGGCUGGGGUGGUUUGCACGGCCCGACAUCCACUGGCUCGUUCCCCUGGCGUCGAUGAUCCCCUACGGCGUGGCCUACAACCUGAUUUACGUGGGCAUCAUCAACUACGUCACGGACGCCUACGGCGUCUACUCGGCCUCGGCGCACGCGGCGCUGAGCAUCACGCGCAGCGUGGCCGGCGCGCUGCUGCCGCUGGCCAUCGAGGACAUGCUCGGCGCGCUGGGCAUCGCCUGGUCGUGCACGGCGCUGGCGGGCGUCAGCGCGGGCCUCGCGCUGGUCCCGUUCGCCUUCAUCGCGUACGGUGAGCGGAUCCGCGCCGGCAGCCGGCUGAGCGCGGCGCUCAAGCCGAACGGCGGCGGCGGAGAACAGGGAGAGGGGCCGGCUCGCGUGGCGGCGGGUUUGUCUGCGGUGUGA